AUGUCUCUCCUCAGGCGAACCGCUUACUCUAUAUCGCCUCAUGCUAGGCCGUUUCUUCCAGUCACCAAUCUACCGCGCCGCUCAGUUGGUAUUUCACAACCAGCUCUCACCAAUUCCGUAACUUCACCAUGCGCCAGCCGAAGGAAUUUCUCCGUCGCUUCUGUGCUUGGAGACACAGUUACUGCCACAGCUGACAGUCUCAGUUGGGCACAUAGCUUAGGUAUGCCAUGGUAUGUGGCUAUCCCAUUGCUUGCUGUAGGCAUCAACGCGACUAUUCGAUUCCCACUUCAACUUUACGCCCGCCGUCUGCGUGAGGCUAGAACUCCAUUGAAGCCCCUGGUACAAGCCUGGGGAAGUCGCCAUGUCAGGGAAAUGGCUGACGCCGAACUGCCUUAUCGAAUCCAGAAAGUUCGCAUGGCGGGUGCUACUGCCAAGUCAUCAAAACGAAUUUACAAGGCAUGGGGCGUACAGCGCUGGAAGAGUCUUGUGCCGCUGCUUGGAAUGGUCCCCUUUGUCACCGUAUCCGAAGCACUACGACGUAAAUGCGGUGCCCCCUUAGGCUGGAUCAGUCACCAGAUCGGUCUGAGUAAUGCAGAUUCAGUAACUGCAGAUCUUGGAGCUGCGAGCAGCAUGUUCGACGAGUCGUUAGUGAACGGAGGGUUGCUGUGGUUUACAGAUUUGUCUUCUGCGGAUCCCUACUACGGUUUACCUAUCAUCUGCUCGGCGAUUCUUGCCUCGAGUGUUUGGAGCAAGAUGCCGAUCAAAGAAUUGCUCAACAUACAGCCUAAAGACGGAACUGAUCGCCAAUUUACCAAUCGAUUGCAAAUACUUCUGGGCAGGACUUUGCUCUUGAUGCCCGCAUUACCCAUUCUCUUUGCUGACUUGCCCUGCGCCAUCUUUCUCUAUUGGAGUACGUCGUUCGCCCUCACCUGGGCCAACCAGUUCUUCUUGACACGAUUAGUCACACCAAAAACCGCAAGUCUGACGGUUCCCAGGAUGAACAAAGAGCUCCCCUUUCUCCUGCCACGCCAGUCACAAAACGAAGGAAAGUCUUAG